UUUUUUAUUGAUUGAUGCACAAAUAUGCGAAGACAUUGCUAUCAUUCGCGCGUCUGGGUGUGUGCGUCUCGCGUUUGGCUGCUAUCUUCACUUACUCCCGGGGGACAACAGAGUUACAACACUUUUCCCAGUGAAAUACAUGUGAAGUGUUAAUCCUAUGGGAAAGUGGAGGAUACAAAUGUGUCAUUAUAUCAAGAAUUUAAAAUUUCAAACCAUACACUCAAAUACUAACACACUCUGUCCACGGUCAUCAAACGUAUUUGCAAGAAUUUCUAGCCAGCCUAGAGAUAGACCCCCCUGACCAGAGCUAUUGGAUUGGUCCUGUAAGCCCAAAACAGCCAUCUGCCGACGAUUACACUAUUUCAUGGGGGUCCCGUAACCCCCGAAAUGGAUAAAAGCCAUUUUGUUUACGACUGAUUCAACAAAUAUAUCUCAGUACUAACAGCGGUCCUAACCAAGGAGGUUUUAGGGAGAUGGCGAAAAAUGCGAAUGAAGCUCUGGUUGUUGCUGUGGACCAUGGAUCACUUGAAGGCGUUAAAGCGGCUUUGAAAGCUGGUGCAGAAGUUGACUUCUACCAGCCGGAAAACGUACGCCUGCCGCCAUGUACACCAUUGUUCAUUGCUUGCGACAAGGGACCUGUAGACAUAGUGAGACUGCUGCUCCGCAAGGGGGCCUCUUUGGUGAAGAGAGGAGUGGGUGGAUUAUCUCCUCUUCAUUCUGCAGCGGAUGCAGGAAGGACAGAGAUAGUGGACUUGCUGGUUCAGCAUGGUGCAACAUUAGACGUACGUGACGCCUUCAAGAACACACCACUCAUGACUGCAUGUGCCAACAAUCAUGUCGACACAGUUCGGCGGCUGAUUGAGCUCGGAGCAAGACCUGAUUUGACAGACGGUUAUAAGGCCCAGAGGUUGGGGAUACCAGACGGAAACUUUGAUCGCUGUGACGAGAGUAUUAAGCUGAUACAAGAGGCUAUAGAGUCCAAGCUGUUGAGAUGCUGCAACCCUAAAUGUGGCAAACCAGGCUACAGGAAAACCCUGAAGCUGUGUGCUCAGUGCAAGCUGACCCGCUACUGCAGCCGUGACUGUCAGAUACAACACUGGUCUGUCGGACACAAGAAGUGCUGUGGGCAUGACGUGUACUCGGCCGAUGCGACAGACCUGGCCCUUACCGUAGGGUGGUUUCGUCGCUUGAAAAGGGUAUUCGAGCAGUAGCACUUGUAAACCAUGCGUAGAUCCUAAUAAAACAAACAAACAAACAAACAAACUCUUCACAUUUCAACUUUGUGCAUCUGUUGACUGUUGAGCACAUACUGCGUCUACAGCCAUAUAAAAUGUACUACAAAAUAAAUGUCGUAUUAGAUCUACUGCCAGUCAGGAGCAUUUAGCUAUUUCUCACAAUGGUUAAUGAUGUUGGCGUCUUUGUAUGUAAAAAAAAAUGUUUUUUUUUUCUCAAGAGUAUUCUGUCACAAAGGUCAUUGGGUUUUAUAAAACCUCGUUCAAGUUGGCUAAUCUUAUAGAAGAAACAGUUUUAAAAGUGCAACAUAGGCAAAUAGAUUUUACCAAGAGCUUUUUGCAGUAAUGACAUUUCCUUUUCAUUCUGAUCUAAUACUUAAGUAUGUCAAAGAAUCAAGUCACCUCUAAAAUGUUUUAGCUUUUACCCUGCUAGUAUAUCACAAUUACAUGCAUAUGUAUAGAUGUAUGUAUUGAUGCUCAGUAGUUGUGUACAUUUUUACCAUCGCUAGUUUAACAACAGCCAAGUCGCCAUACCUGUAAAUAAAUCAUUAUCCUUGUGUCAAGGCAACCACUUGUACAUGUUCAAUUUUUUUCCAAACCCUUCUUCAAGCCUCAAU